GACAAGUUUGGCAAUGGCAGAACCUCUGAACUCAGAGGCAGAAAGCAGUGGCCACUCUUUCUCAUCAUCUUCAUCUUCUCCCUCUUCUCCUGGUUCAUCUGUGUCUCUUCUCAAGCCUGUCUUAGACCCAUCAACGAAACUGACCAAAUUAGAAGACACAGAAGAGAAGAAGAAAACCAAGAGGAUAAGAGAUAGCAGCAAAUACCCUGUUUACAGAGGAGUACGAAUGCGUAAUUGGGGCAAAUGGGUCUCUGAAAUUAGAGAGCCCCGGAAGAAAUCGAGAAUCUGGCUCGGCACAUUCCCAACCCCUGAAAUGGCUGCAAGAGCCCACGAUGUAGCCGCCUUGAGCAUCAAAGGUAAUUCAGCGAUUCUCAAUUUCCCUGAACUCGCCGGGUCAUUACCACGACCAGCGACUCUUUCUCCUCGUGACAUUCAAGCUGCAGCAGCUAAAGCAGCUGCCAUGGACAAAUUUGAUGCUUCAAUUUCAUCUUCUUCGUCGUCUUCAUCAUUGUCGUCAUCGUUAGGGUCGACAUCAGAUGAAUUGAGCGAGAUUGUGGAGUUACCCCGACUAGGAGACGAUUUCGAAUUCAUUGACUCAGUUGAUGGGUGGCCUUAUCCACCGUCUCUUUGGUUGCCUAGCCCUGACGAUUGUGUUUAUUUUCCCGAUCAGAUUCCGGUGCCGGAGAGUGUAACAAGUGGCUUUGAAGCUUUACUCUGGGAUUACUAGUUGUUGGAAAAUUGAAUGGUGGGUUCUUCUUCUUCUUACUUGCCCUAAUCUUUUAGUCCUCUUAAUUUUUCUUUGAAGGGCUAAAAACUGUGUUUCUGUCCCUCUUCACUGAAAUCGAAGUGUACAGUUUUAAUAAAGAAAGAGGAACAGAUGCUGCUGUCCAGUCAAGUUGGUUUUAGUUCUCUACUCUCUAUAAAAGAGAGAAAUUGUAGAUUGUGUGCGUGUGAUAUUUUCUUGAGUCAAGCUUUCAAAUUUCCAAUAAUAAAACACUUUUUAAAAGCUUCUCUCU